UCAUUAAACAAACAAAUGAAAACCAGAAUCUUGUGAAAUUUACAAUAAAAACCAACAACGAUGCCUUUGUUUGGUCAUGGAGGGGGAGGGGCUUAUGUUGCAGUCAGCCAUCAGGGGGCGAUAGAGAUGUGUGCAAGCCAUCAUGGUCUCUGUAUGACUGUGACGCCCCCUUGUGGCACAGUGUUACAUGAGUAUUUUAAAGCAUGUGAAGCACAGUGAGUUUCUGCAGACAAGAUGGGCCGCCUCCAUAAAGUAUGACCCUUGUGUAAAUCAUUGUAAGAUGGCGGCCUGUCAGCAGGACUCUCCUCUGUACCUGGGCUUUGACUUCAGCACUCAGCAGCUGAAGGUGGUCGCGAUCGACGGAAACCUGCACGUGGUUCAUCAGAGCAAUGUUCACUUUGACUCCGAGCUGCCCGAGUUCAGGACUGAGGGAGGCGUCCAUCUCCAUGACGACAGACUGACCGUCACCGCUCCUGUGCUGAUGUGGGUCAAGGCUCUGGACCUGCUGAUGGAUAAGAUGAAGAGGGCGGGGUUUGACUUUCUGCGGGUCAGAGCGUUGUCAGGCAGCGGUCAGCAACAUGGAAGUGUGUUCUGGAGACGAGGAGCUCGUGAGACUCUGAACCAGCUUGACCCAGACCUGGACCUACACCUACUGCUGCAGGACAGUUUCUCAGUGUGUCACUCUCCAGUAUGGAUGGACUCCAGCAGCACUCAGCAGUGUCAGGACCUGCAGGCAACAGUAGGGGGCGCUCACAGGCUGGCAGACAUCACAGGAUCCAGAGCGUAUGAGCGUUUCACAGGAAACCAAAUCGCCAAACUGCGUCAGACGAGACCAGAGGAGUUCCACAACACUGAGAGGAUUUCAUUAGUCAGCAGUUUUGCUGCCUCUCUCUUCCUCGGGGAUUUUGCUGACAUCGACUACAGCGACGGCUCAGGGAUGAACCUGUUGGACAUCAGGACCAGGACCUGGUCUCAGCUCUGUCUGGACGCUGUGGCUCCUCACCUUGACAGCCUGCUGGGGGUGCCGCUGCCCUCCACAUCAGUUCUGGGUCGAGUCUCCUCCUACUUUGAGCGUCGCUUUGGUUUCUCUGAAGACUGCAACGUGGUGACCUUCACCGGCGACAACCCAGCAUCUCUGGCAGGGAUGAGGCUGCAGCAGGGAGACAUCACUGUCAGUCUGGGGACCAGUGACACGGUGUUUCUUUGGCCUCAGCAGCUUAGUCCUGCUCUGGAAGGUCACGUCUUCUGUAACCCUGUCCUCUGUGACGAGUACAUGGCUCUGCUAUGCUUCAAGAACGGAUCUCUGACGAGGGAACGUGUCAAAAACCAGAGUGCUGGAGGAUCAUGGGAAAUCUUCUCUGCUGCUCUGAGGGACACGCCCCUUGGGAACAACGGGAACAUCGGCUUUUAUUUUGACACAGUAGAGAUCACUCCUCCUGCUGUUGGAAUUCAUCGCUUUGACUCAGACGACAAGGAGGUGUGUAGUUUCAGUCCUCAGAUGGAGGUCCGGGCUCUUGUAGAGGGUCAGUUCAUGUCCAGAAGAGUCCACGCUGAGAGACUGGGAUACUGCGCCAGAAACCGAGUUUUAGCGACAGGAGGAGCUUCUUCAAACACACACCUUCUCCAGGUUUUGUCUGACGUGUUCAAUGCUCCAGUUUUCACCAUUGAUGUGUCAAACUCUGCCUGUCUGGGUUCAGCCUACAGAGCAGUGCAUGGUGUAGUUGCAGAAUCAGGUGUUUCCUUCUUUGGCGUGGAGAAUGCACCUGAACCUCAACUGGUCUCAACACCGCACCCUACUGCUCAGGAGGUUUACGCCCCAAUGUUGAAGCGAUUCUCUAGAUUGGAGGAGAAGAUCGUGCAGGAGGGAAUCAUGUGAGCUGCAGUAGCCAAUCAGAGCAGAGACAACAUUUACAUCAAGUUUGAAUUCAAGAAGAAUCAUUGAUGUAAAAACGGAAUAAGACUGGAAUGAUAAAGAAUAAUAAACAGGAAAAGAAAUAACACAGAUCAGAUUUUUAAACUUUAAAUCAUUUAUCAGGAUUUUAGGUUUAAUUUCACAAAUGAAAAUCAGGUUUUGUCUCUGACUGUGAUGUCUCUGCCUGGGCAGCUGUGAUGUCUCUGUGUGGACAUGUGUCCUGGUGUUGACAGUUCUCUCAGGACAUUGUGAUCAGUUCAUUGACCGUGUCCAUGUAUUUGUCUUGAGGACAGAUGUUUAACUUCAGAUGUUCUUCAGAGUUUAGCUUGAUGCUAAACUUAGCUUCACAUGCUAAGUUUAGCAUCAUAAACUAAGUUUAGCUUCACAUGCUAAAUUUAGCUUCAUAAGCUAAGUUUAGCUUCACAUGCUAAGCUUAGCUCUUGUUAAAAA